AUGCCCGAUGGCUUCAACAUGGCUCGCAAACCAUCCUUCAGGAGACAGCACAUGCAAAUGGAUUAUUCUACCUGGACGAGUGCGAUGAUCUCCCAGUUGAAUGCAUAUUUCAGCGGUGCCGGGUGCGAUGCUUGGAGUCAGGCGAUAGUGAACCUCCGAAUGAACCAGUGGCCAUCUUAUAGAUUUACAUGGCGCCCAAAGGAGUGCGCUUUUGUAGAAGUCUCCCGACAUGAAGUUUCGAAUGUCAUAGAUAAGUGCAAGCCGUGGAAGAAAUGUUACAUCUGUGGAAAGCGAUCGGAGGAGCGCAAGGAUGCAGCAUUUGUGCUACUCGCGGACGGCGGGGUCAUGCGGCGUGGCGUAUACUAUCAUGUCCACGAUUUCGUAUACGUGCGGCCUGACUCAAGUACAGCUUCAUUCGACGGCUCAGAACCCGUUCUCAGUCGUAUCGGACAAAUUACGGAGCUGAAGUUCGAUAGGAAUGGUCAAGUUUUUGCGGUUGGAGUUCGGUGGUAUGGACGUUAUGCUGCUGUUGUCCGUCAGAAUGGUCAAGAUAGCCAUAAUGCUGGGUCUGUCUUUACAGACAGUCGCCGUUUCUUCUACACAGAUGAUGUUGAUGUCAUUCAUCCUGGGGAGAUUGAGCACAAGAUAUAUGUUGCCACAUCCACUACACAUCUUCAAGAAAUGGUGAUCAAUGGGUGGCUCAAUCAGCACCCUCGCACUCCACAGCUCCUCCCUGAUAUGCCGAAACCUGGCGAAGUUGAUUUUAUUUAUGGCGGUAACUACUGCGCAUUCAUUUUGAUUGAUGCAAUUGUCAUCUGUUCUUUCACAGGCCCUCCAUGUCAGAGUUUCUCUGGUAUGAAUCACUACAAGAGAGCAGAUGACAUCAGAAAUACUCUGGUUUGCAACAUGCUGUCUUACGUUGAAUUUUAUCAGCCCCUAUACUUCUUGCUAGAGAAUGUUACUGGAUUGCUUUUCUACCCACUAAAUGGUCGUCAAGAGGGGCGAGCAAUUGUUGGCGGUGUCAAAAUGGGGGUUGUGAAAUUUAUUCUGCGUACCCUUGUAUCUCUGGGAUAUCAAGUACGAUUCAAAGUCUUGCAGGCUGGACAGUAUGGCUCACCUCAAGAUCGGAAAAGAGUCAUCUUUUGGGGAGCAAAACAGGGACUACCGCUUCCUGAAUUUCCACUUCCGACACAUUCCUUUCCUCGGGGUGUUCAAGCAUUUAAGCUACCUACGGGAGAUAUAUUGCGGCCAGUAACACGUUCCGAUCACAGCGCCACGACCUCGAAGUCGAUGCGCCUAGAUUUCGCCCCACUUCUGCCGGUAACUGUGAAUGAAGCACUCUCGGAUCUGCCUCCAUUUGACUGGAUCAAUCCCUUUGUCUCCCUUCGUCCGACGUCACAACAGCUUGAUUCAAUACAAACUCGUCUUGCUGCUGGUAUUAGAAGAUUUGAUGCCUUGACAUCUCCUCACUCGACAUAUCCUGGCUUCAAUGAUGCCACACCAUAUUUGACGCUACCCAUGAACUCAUAUCAAGAAUGGAUUCGUCAAGGAUCGAGUAGCUUAGUCAAGCAUCAGUACACUCGACGAUUCGCUGCAAGUGUUGUUGAACGUGUUCUAAAUGUACCAUUUGGACCAGAAGCAGACCAUACGGAUUUGCCUCACCAGUUACGCAUCUCAAGAAUGUGGCAGGGUGUCUGCGGACGUAUUGAUGAAAACGGGUUCUUUGGCACAGCACUGACGACGGUGAUGCCAACCGGGCAAUGUGGCAAGCUUCUUCAUCCUAACCAAAAGCGUAUCGUGACGGUUCGUGAAUGUGCCCGAGCGCAAGGAUUCCCGGACUGGUAUGAGUUUCACUCCAUCAACAUGAAAGCACCGGAUGUUGUAGCAGACCAACAUCGGCAGAUUGGCAAUGCCGUACCAGUCCCGCUGGCAUUAGCCCUAGGGAAAGCUUUGGGAAAGGCACUUUCGAUAUAUUGGACACAGAAAGAGCGUGAUGCGCUGAGUCCCGAAAUAUAA